AUCGAGCAGCUUCCUGAUUGAUCAGACAGACGGAGGCUGGAAGGAUUGACGGGAUAGAGGCAGAUUGUUCUUCAUCAGGAUUAAAUUCAGAAUGAAUAUCAACCAUGUUCUGUUCUUCUGCUUCUUAUCAGCAGCAUUGUGUGAUGGGAACAGCGGGCUGGUCGAUGCAGAAACGCUCACUCGCACUGAAGGAGAAAGCAUCAUAGUCGCCUGCCACUUCAGUGUGUUUGGAAGAAGAAAGUUCCUCUGUAAGGACGAGUGUGAUAAGGAAAACAUUCUGGUUGAAACGGCAGGCGACAGCGCUCAGAGCGGCAGAUACAGCAUUCUGUAUAAAGAGGGAACUUUUCCAGUGUCUUCUACGGUUCUGUAUGUGAGCAUCGCACAGCUGACCAAGUCUGACGCCGGACGGUACAGGUGUGGUUUGGAAAGACGUUUCUUUCCUGAUGCACACUGGGAGUUUGACAUCAGAGUUACAGAUGCUCCAAAGACUGAGGCCCUGAACCAUCCUGAACAGCAGCAGACGGAGGAAACGACAGCUGCAGCUACAGCCCACAGCGUUAAAGGUCGCACCCUGCCUCUCGUAGUAUGUGUCACUGCGGCCGUGCUGUUCGCUGUUGUCGUGUUGCUCCUCUACAAAGGAAAGACGAGUUUGAGCACCAGGGGGCAGUCCGAUGACAGAAACCUGGAGUUUCCCACCUAUGAGAAGUGUGCCAAAUGUGAAGACUACACCUCCCUGUCUGUAGACGAAAUCAGCGGCGAUGAGGACAGACACUACUGUAACCUCUGACCCUUCACUUUCUCUAUGAAAACAACUGUUCCUAGCUUUCAAAAUUAUUUCAUCUUUUACUUCAAUGUUUUCACUGGUAGAAGAAGUACUAUACAGCAUCUGAGAUGAGUUUUCCUGAUCAUUUUUUAUACAAUUCUCUGUCUGUUUUAUGUCUUUUUUCUUUUUUAACAAUCAUAGACUUAAUAGUGUUUUCUUCUUAUUGUUCUAUCAGCUCUUUGGUUGUUUUAACUGCAGACUUUUCUAAAGGAGGACGAGGCUGUUUAUCAGAGAGUGAAGGUUCUGUGAAUAAAACUUUUGUUCAGGUCUUCAAGGUUUAUAUCUUAAAUAAAAAUCUACAUUUAUAAAUCAUUUUGUUUGGUUUCCAUCAUAUAUAGGCCUACUGCAUUUAUUUUUUCUAUUUUCUUACACCCUUUAAGAUCAAGAAUCAGAUCAAGAUCGUCUCCCUUUAUGGUAUUACUAUCAACAUAAACAUAUAAUCUCCUCCUCUCCCCACGUACUUCCACGACUCAUUUUUGCUUGUUCUGGCGGGGUUUUCUUCCGGUUUUUUUCUUCUUCUUCUAUGGUACGUAUGCCUAACUUCCUGUAAUUGGUCCGAAAGUCCGAACCAUCCAAAAAGUGUUUUCAUACUGUAAACGAACCGAACCAUGGUUCAGUUUGAUCCGGACCGAGACCACCUCUUUAGUUCGGACCAAAUUUUGGUCUUGUGAUCAGGACCGUUGUCCGUGGCACCUUUCUCACCUACAAUUUUGGUUCAGACCAAACUGAAAAGUCCGAAAGUACGGACCAAAUGAGGUAUGUGUGAAAACGCCCUAACUCGGCUUUUGUGACUCAUAAUAAAAGGUCUGUUCUACAGAAGAACUUGUGUCUGCUGCUGAUUCCUCUCCACCACAAUGUUUUCAUCAAGUAAAAGUAGAAAUACAGCAAAAUAAAAGCAUAAAAAAGCCCCAAAAUAUCUAUAAAAAGAAAAUUUGACCAGGUAAAUAAAACAAAAACAUCAGAUCUGAGUAAUAAAAGAGAACUGAGUGUUAAGGCUUGCAGUGUGAACGUAGCCUUGUCUCCAGUAUUGUGUUAAUCUCACCACUAACACAAAAGUAGAGCAACUGUAUUUCUUUGUAUUUUCACUGUAUGGUUUAAAAACUAUUAUUUUAUAUAUUUUACUGUAGAUGUAAAAACUUACUUGGCAAUAAACCUAAUUCUGAUUCUGGUUAAAUAUAGACCAUACAUGAUGUGUUGAGGAGUCCUAUAGUGACUAUUUGCUUUCUUUCUUUACUUUAGUAACUUUCUCUAUACUUUGUUUUUGUGACCUCGGAGGAAAUGUGUCCAUAACAUCCCCUUUCCUGUGCCACUGUUCUGAGCUAUUUCAUACUUUUAGUUUUGUUUUCAGUCUGGUAUAUAUGGACCACAGUGGGCUGUACUUACAACAGUUAAGCUGAGUGCAUCCGACGUUUGCCAUCUAUAACCCAAGCAACCUGAUUCAGAAUAAACUACUUGUCCUGAAGAUGUCAGCCGAAGCACUUGAAAAUGUGGGUAAAGAGGUGUGUGUUAGGGACGAAGCACUGUUGAAGAUGAUCGAUAACUUUGACCGGCCUGGUAAAGCCUUUGCUGCUGGUGCUUAUUCGGGAUCGGGUUCGUUUGAAGAUGGAUUUGAGAAUAAACCUGGAAAGCGUUUUCCAAAAA